ACCUUCCUUUCCGCUUCUCUGAAUUUUGAGGCGUGCACGCUAGAACCUUCUCUCUCCGAACAUGCGUUACGUUGCUGCGUACCUUCUGGCUGCUCUGGGUGGCAAUGAUAACCCCCAAGCCAAAGACAUCAAGAAGAUCCUGGACAGCGUGGGCAUUGAGGCUGACGACACGCGGCUGGACAAGGUCAUCUCUGAACUUAACGGCAAGAAGGUAAACGACAUCAUUAACCAAGGCUACGGGAAGUUGGCCAGCAUGCCUGCCGGAGGCGCCGUCGCCGUGGCGAGCUCUGCUGCUCCUGGGGCCGGAGGAGCUGCCGCUGCCCCAGCUGCCGCGGAGGAGAAGAAGAAGGAAGAAAAGGAAGAGUCUGAGGAAUCAGAUGGUGACAUGGGAUUCGGCCUGUUUGACUAAGACAUUGUCUCAGGUCCAAAUAAACUGUUCUUACACA